AUGUCCACCACCGAGCUGAGCACCACGCUCACUCAGCUCCAAUCCUCACCCCCCCCUUCGUCACAGAAGAUCGCCUCCCUCCUCUCGACCGCCAAACGACAACUCCUCCACCUCGACGCCCUCCUGCCCGCCCCGAGCACAUCGCCACACCUCCUGCACCUCGCCCGCACGACGCUCGAAACCGGCGCGCUGUUCUCCAUCCGCCUCCAAGAUCCCGACGCCUUCACGCGCUACUUCCAGCAGCUCCUCCCCUUCUACGAGCUCCCGCCCUCGAGCUUCAAGCCCGCCGGGGACGGCCAGCGCAGCAAAGUGACGGGCCUGUACCUCCUGCUCCUGCUGACCAAGGGGGACUACGCCGGCUUCCACACGGUGCUGGAGGGGCUGGAGGUGGAGAUGGGCGGGAGGGCGGGUGCGGGACUCGAGGAGGACAGGUUCAUCGGGUAUCCGGUCAAGUUGGAACGGUGGCUGAUGGAGGGGAGCUACGAUCGCGUGUGGGGAGCGACGAAGCGGGAAGGGGUGCCGGGGGAGGAGUUUGGGGUGUUCAGCGAGGUCCUCGUCGGCACUAUCCGCUCGGAGAUCGCAUCGUGCUCGGAAAAAGCUUACCCGUCCCUUCCCAUCGCCAACGCGAAGAAUCUGCUUUUUCUGGAGAGCGAAGGCAGCGUGGUGGAGUUUGCCCGGGGCAGGGACUGGGUGGUGCAGGAUGGGCGGAUAUACUUCCCGUUGCAGCAGGGAGAGGGUGUGAGGAGUGAGAAGGAGAUCCUGGUGGCGAGCGGACAGGUCAUUGAGAACGCGAUCGGCUAUGCUAGGGAGCUGGAGACUAUCGUCUAG